AACACUGACACGCUUUCAGGCUUUCAUAUGCCAGUGGAUUUUAUGGAUUUUAAAAACAUUUAUAUUUUUAACAGAACUGUAGAUUUACAAAGUGACACUGAUGUCUGCUUUCCCCACAGAAGAACUAGAGCAAAAAUGGAAGCGCGAGCAGGACCGCCUCCGUCAGCUUGUGGUUGAUCAGGACACGGAGCAUUGGCAGAAGACUCAGGACUUCUCAGGACUGGAGCGAGUGGGCGGAGUCGACUUGUCUUUUAUCAGAGGAGAUGAAGUGAAUGCAUGUGCCCAGCUGGUGGUCCUCAGCUACCCACAACUGGAGGUUUUGUAUGAGGACAGUCAGAUGGUGGCCCUCACUGCUCCGUACAUCGCUGGGUUUCUGGCCUUUAGAGAAACACCUUUUCUCCUGGAGGCUCUGAAGAGGCUGGAAAAGAACAAGCCAGAACUCAUGCCUCAGGUGGUGUUUGUGGAUGGGAAUGGUCUUUUCCAUUACAGAGAGUUCGGUCUUGCUUGUCAUCUGGGCGUGUUGUCAGGGUUACCAUGUGUCGGGGUGGCCAAAAACCUGCUGCAGGUGGAGGGUGUGUACAAGAACGAGGAGCAUCAGUCACAGAUCACUGCUCUGCAAAAAGGAGGAGACAGCUUCCCCCUCACAGCCUCCUCGGGCAAAGUGCUUGGAAAGGCAUUACGCAGCAGUGAGAAGAGCUCCAAGCCAGUGUACGUUUCCAUCGGACACAAGAUCAGCUUGGACACAGCAGUGAGGCUCACACACUGCUGCUGCCGCUACAGGGUGCCCGAGCCCAUCCGACAGGCUGAUUUUCGCUCCAGAGAAUACCUGCGUGUUCACUUCCCAGCUGCAAACACAUGACAAUGAGGUCACUUCUAAUGGACUGCUCCUCCUGCACUCUAAAGACUCUGAAGACGCACUGUUUCUAAAUGGGACGAAGGCCAAAGUAGCGCACUUUCAAAUGCUUUUAAAGAACGCCUUUUUUAUUCGUGGCCCAGAGCAAACCAUCAGUUUAUCUGCGUCUUUUAUCCCUCGCUCCACAUUUACACAGGAUGUGGGGCAGACCAGCUCUUUUUAUACACUGUGCUCAUUACUGUUUUGGGUCAUUCACCUUUUUACAUUUAGAGCUGUGUAAAUAAAUCAUAAAUGUCCAGUACUUGCCUCAGACUGAUCUCUUAA